CGAUUGUUAAUAUAUACUUAUUCUAUACAUGCUAAACUAUAACCUGAGACAGACUAUUCAAGUACUUUUUACAUAAAACAGAACAAAUCUGUGCAAGAUAAUGUGCAAAAGAGGUAUUUAAGAUUGAAGAAAACAAGUACUGCCACAUGAUUGUGUGAUAUAUUCAACAUGUAAACAGUUUCUGAUUGAGUCCUUGUAAGCUGGAGUAAAGUGUGCGGUGCAUAUGGAGAGAAGAGUGUUGCUACAGGUUGUCAAGCCCACUCAGCUGUGUGAGGCACGCUCAGAAAUGCAUGUUUUUAUAGAGAUAUGGAGUGAUUGUGAGUGUCUGGUGCAUAUGGAGAGAGAGAGAGAGAGUUUCUAAAGGUGGUUUGUUCUUUUAAGUUUUUAAUGUGCUCAUGUGCAAUGCUUCAUGAGGUUGUAGAUUUGUUUAGUCGCUAUCUUUUUAUCGGAUUUUCAUACUUUAGUGCUUUGAAUUGAACUCUGUAUUGUUGUGAUUCUCCUAAUAGCUGCGUAAUUCGGUUGAUGGAUGAUAAAACUUUCUUUUAUUUAAUCGCUAUGGGAAAAAAUCUCCCAGAAAGCCACUGAGAAUAGUGGGUUACACUUAAUAAUGUGUUUUUCCUAUCUGAAUUGGGAUGUUUUCUCCAGCUGCCUGUAUAGAUGCUGUAUUGUCAUAAUAAAAUGAUUUGAAUACUGGUUUUCUAUUGGCUCUCCAGCACAGAUCUGGACCUCCUCCACCUGGAUUGUCCUGCCUCCUCUCACGGAAGUAGGCGGAGCUCUGUCUGUUUACACGACUCUACAGUAAACAUUGAACUCUGUGGGAAAGAGGAAGGCGACUAACAGAUGUCCAACAGGAAGAAGUCUACAGCGAACCCUUCAUCAUCUCUCCCUCCUGCUGAAAAUAAAGCUGUUUUUGCAACCAAAGAGAACUUUUGCAAAGCUAGAGUAUUUGUACAGAUAAUUCAGUAUUCAAGCAGAAUGUAUUCUAUGAUGCCUGUUAAACAGUAUAAUAAUAAUAAGCAUUAGUCCUUCAGAAAGCACUACCUCAGACUAUUGUUGAAGUGUGAAACCAGUCUUUCAGGAUGACAUUCCAGUUUCAGUCUCAUCAAACCGGUUUCCCUCAGAGAUCCUGCACUGGUGAUGAAGAGCCACUGAACACUGCUCAAUCUCUGCACAUUCACCAUCACAAUAAACAGUUUCACUGAGAGACUGACCGCCUGCUCGCCUUUAUUCGCGCUGUCUAGUUUCUUGAUAUUUGUUUUAGUUUGUGUUUUAUUUAUAUUUAUAAUCAUAUUAUUUUGGCUUAGUCUGGAAGGAAUCUCCCUUUGACGUUGACGUGACAGGUGUGUGUGUGUGUGUGUGUGUGUGUGUGUGUGUGUGUGUGUGUGUGUGUGUGUGUGUCGGGACUCAGUCAUUGACCUGAAGAAGUUGAAAUGGCCUCAAAGAAAAACGAAUCGAAGAAAAACGAGAAAACGGAUAAAUCUGAGAAGGUGUUAGCGGCGGAAAAAGAGCAGUUCGUCAAACUACAGCUUCAAAGCAUCAGCAAGUCCAUCACCAGCGCUGAGGCUCCUAUCAAAGAGAAAUACGCCCGCAAGAUCCUCCUGGGCACUCAUACUGAGGGCGGCGCCGUCACCUUCUGGUCUCAUGCGAUCAGUCUGCCUCUGUCCAGCAAUGCUAUCCUCAGCUGGAAGUUCUGCCACAUGGUGCACAAACUGCUGCGUGAUGGACACCCAAACAUGGUGCGGGACAGCAGGAGUCACACCGCCGCCAUCAGGCAGAUGGGCAUACUAUGGGGGAAUCUUCAUGACAGAUAUGGACAUAUCGUGGCGCUGUACUCCAAGCUGCUCUGCAUCAAAAUUGAUUUUCAUUUAAAGCAUCCGGAAAUCCCUGCAAACCUUGAAGCCUCAGAGGAAGUUCUUGAUAAAGUCAUCGCCAUUGAUAUCAAUAAAGUGUUUGACAUCACAGGUGAAGUUCUGGACUACAUGGAAGCGGGUCUGAAACUGCAGGAAACAGUUUUCCGUCAGAUGGAUUCCCACUCCACCAGCUCCACCACAGCUGUGGGUCAGUGUCGUCUGGCUCCGCUGGUUCUGCUCAUCCAGGAUUCUGGUCCGCUUUAUCAUUUCCUGGUCAAGCUGCUGUUCAAGCUGCACAGCCGAAUACCGGUGGACGCUCUGUUAGGACACAGAGACCGAUUCCGCGAUCACUUCAACAGUUUGACAGAGUUUUUCGAGAGAGCGAGGGGAAUCGAGUUCUUCAAAACCAUCAUUCAGAUCCCUGAUCUGCCCAACGAGCCUCCAAAUUUCCUGCGUGCGGCGUCGCUGGCGGAUCAUGUGAAGCCGGUGGUCGUCCAGAAUGAGAGAUUUGUUUAUGAUGACGAAACCGAGACGCAGGCGGACUUCAGUGAAGGACAGUUUCAGCCGUAUUAUGGGUUCAACCAGUUUGAUUAUCCAGUCGAUGUACCGGAGCAAAGAGAGACGGAGGCUGAUUCCCUGAGGAAGGAGCUGGAGGUGGUGAAGCCGGAGCUGGAGCUCAUCAAAGUGGAGGCCCAGCGCGCCGUCGUGCAGCUCAAAUCUCAGGUGAAUAAGCUGGAGUCGGAGUUGGAGGAGCAGCGGACGCACAAGCAGAUGGCGCUGGUGGAGAACGAGAGGCUGCGCAUGCAGGUGGAGAACAUGAGGAUGGAGAACACAGCCAGCGUACAGGCCACAGUGGAGGACCACAGCAACCGAGCGCAGACGGCUCAGAUUCACUUCGCUCGACUCAAAGAGAAACACGCGGAGCUGGUCAGCAGACACGCAGAUCUCAUGCGCAAGAAUGCAGAGAUGCUGAAGCAGAAGAGCAGCGGUCAGCAGGCGCAGGAAGAGCUUCUGGCCUACAGACAGCAGGUGGCGCAGGAGAUGCAGCAGCUCACACUGGACAACAACAGCAAGCUGGAGGCCCAGAGAGCAGAAAUUGAGCGUCUGAAGCAGGAGUUGGUGAGCGGCAGAGCUGAAGUUUCUCAAGUCCAUAAUGCACUGCAGAGCAAGGAGAAGGUGAGCGUGCGCAUGUCAUUGUGUGUGAUUGUCUGUGUGGCACUUUGUUGGAAAAUUAAAUGUCCUAGGUACUAUUAAGAAAACACGUCUACUCAAAAUACAACACACACUGGGGGAUUGAAAACACUUAAGGGCCCAUUUCUCGGUUCAUUUGACAAGUGUGAGUGCUCUGAAUCGGGCUCAGGCGUGGUUCAGUUUGCCGGUCCUGGCCCGGUCGGAAGAGGUGGUCCAGAGCACUAAACCCUAUUGAAGAGUUGCUUUUCCGCUUGGAGAUGGCGUGAAUCCCAGCACACACAUUUGGCUUGUUUUUCUGUGUGUACAGUAGUGUGAAACACUGAUUAUGUAGAGUACAAAGUUUAGCAAACAUCGCUCAAGCAGCAGACAGAAACUCUGAUA